AUGUCUUCAUCGAUUAAAGAAGAACUUAAAAAUAGUAAUAGUAAAGAUGAUGAUGACAAUAUCAAAUUUAUUGUUAAUAAUGAUGAAGAUGUAGUAUUAGUAAAUUUAGACGAUUUAAAAUCUACUGAACAAAUUGGUAGUGGUACAAUUAUUGAUGGUGAAUCAAUUGGGACAACACAAUUUAGACUAAUGGUUAGAAAUAUACCAAAAUACACAUCAGUAAAAAUUCUUAAAAAUUUAAUGCAAGAAAAUGGUUUUGGUGAUAUAAAAACAAAAGAAAGACAAAUUGAAGCUCUUAACACAUUGAAUGGAUUAAAAUUUAAAAAUAAAAAAUUACUUGCACGAAUUGAUGAUAUCACUGAACAAGAUCGACAGGCUAAGUUUGAAAGAAGGAAUAAACAAAAACAAAAGAAUCUUCUGGAUCAAGAUGGAAUACAACAACGUUCACCGGAAGAAUUACUUGCAGAUCAAGUCACACCUUGGCAUAAAAUUCCAUAUGAGAUUCAAUUAGAAAAUAAACAAAAUGAUAUUAGGAAAUUUAUUAUAAACUUACGACAAAAGAUUAGCAACAUUGAAAAAGAUUACUACAAUGAUAAUUUGCCAGAGUGGCUUUCUGUAGAAUCAGAAUUAAGUAAUUUCUGUGAUUUCUUGCCAAUUCUUCGAUCUCCAAUAACAGAAGGUUAUAGAAAUAAAUGUGAAUUUACUAUUGGAUUAAAUCUUGAUAAAGAAAAAACUGUUGGAUUUUUAUUGGGAGCAUAUAAAGAUGGACUGGUUUCAGUUUUGGAACCUAAUAAAACAAUUCACGUUAGUGAUGUAGCAAAAAAAUUAGCAAAAGGAAUGCAAGAUUAUGUUCGUAAUUCACAAUAUGAUAUAUAUGAUCGUAGGACUAAGCAAGGUAAUUGGAGGCUAUUGGUUGUGAGGUCUCAAAUGUCUGGAGAUGUGAUGAUUAUAGUUCAACUGCAUCCACAAAAUUUAACCGAAGAACAACUUGGUCAAGAAAAAAUCAAAUUAACAAAUUAUUUCCAAGCAUUUUCCAAAAAUGAAAAUUUUAAUUUGACUUGUUUAUUAAUUCAAUUGUUUGAUGGAGUUAGUAAUGGAAUGUCUGAUAAAGUUCCAUAUGAACUUUUAUACGGAACAUCAUAUAUUCACGAAGAGAUGAUGAAUUGUAGAUUUCGUGUUUCUCCAUUGGCAUUUUUUCAAACAAAUACAGCAGCAGCAGAAGUUUUAUAUAAUCAAUGUAGGACAAUAGGUAUAGCAUUAUCAAAGAAAUUAGGAAAUAAAAUUAAAGGUGUUAUUGGAAUUGAACUUUCUACAGAAGCAAUUGAAGAUGCAAAGAUUAACUCCAUUUUAAAUGGUAUUGAAAAUGCUGAAUAUAUUGUUGGUCCAGUUGAAAAUAAUCUACGCACUUUAAAUAAUUUUAACAACUCUCGACCAGGAUCACUUAUUGCAAUUUUGGAUCCACCUCGUGCUGGAGUUCAUAAAAGUGUCAUCAAAGCAAUACGACAGUGUCAAGCAAUUUCUAAUUUCAUCUACAUAUCAUGUGACUACAAUUUGGCGACGCAAAAUUUUAUAGAGUAA